GACGUUGCCAACGAGUAUUGCAGUCCUUUGGCUUUCUUCUUCUUCUCCUGCUCCUUCUUUAGCUCUCAAUCUCACUCUGAUGCCGUACAUUUCAAAUUCACAAUAUUAACUUCCUCCUCCAAUAAGAAGCAAGAGAUCAUUUGACAUUUUCAGUUUUCACCCUUUUUUGAUUUUUGGGUUACCAAAAAAAAAUUUAAAGAUGAUUCAGUUACUGUUCCUGGUGAUAUUCUCGGAGAUUGCGGCGAUCGUGGUAUUGUCAUUCAAGACACCGUUAAGGAAGCUGGUGAUAAUGGUUCUGGAUCGGGUCAAAAGGGGACGAGGCCCGGUGAUGGUGAAGACGGUGGCGGGAACGGUAUUCGUAGUGAUGAUGUCGAGCGUGUAUAGCAUGAUGAAGAUCCAGAAACGUUGGAUCGAUGAUGGUUCGUCUAAUCCAACGGACCAGGUUCUCAUGGCCAAACACCUUCUUGAAGCUACUCUCAUGGGAGGAUCACUUUUCCUAGCACUAAUGUUAGACAGAUUACACCAUUAUAUCAGAGAACUCCGGAUAAGAAGGAAGAACAUGGAGGCUGUCAAGAUGCAAGGUCCCGGUUUUGAGGAUGGAAAACCUGGUGGCUCAGACAAAGUUAAGGUCUUGGAGGAAGAAGUAACCACUCUGCGUGCAAAAUUUAAGCAGCUGGAGUCUGAUCUUGAAACAAAGACAAAAGAGAUGAAUGCUGCAGAAGCUAAUGCACUUGCUUUAAGGAAACAGUCUGAAGGUUUUCUUCUUGAGUAUGACCGAUUGCUUGAGGAGAACCAAAACCUUCGGAAUCAGUUGCAAUCUUUGGACCAGAGAUUGUCUCGUUCAGGUAGUAAGAAGAAUACCUAAGGAACUGAGCACCUCUUGCAAAAUGUUUUUCAGUUUCAUUAUCAUUUUUCAAUAUAGUUAUUCUGGAGUUUUGUAAUGGAUUUGUCGGUUGCAGUUUUGUUGUAAUUCAUGCAUCAUUUUAAGUGUGGACAGAAAAAGAUCCAAAGCAAAAAAAAAAAAAAAAAGGGUGUAGGAAAUUAGCUUUUCUUUGUAUUUUGGGCUUGAUGUGUUUGUUUUCAUUAGAAUUGAAAUAUUGAAUGGAUGACUAUUGACUCGACAUGUUGGAAAACAUUGUAAGAGUUUGAAAACUAGAAAACUUUUGCGACUCAGGUUUCUCCCCCUGAAUGCGUAGAUAAUAACUUGUAUAGUCCAGGAAAAUGGACUUGUGAACCAACAAAUUGUUUGGUAAUAGACUUACAAGUAGCGUGGAAAUUUGCCUGA